AUGGCCAAGAGAUUGAUGGUUAUGUUGAUUCUCUACCUAGCCAUGGAAAUUGGGCACUCUAGAUUAUUAUUGGCUGAGGCUUAUUACAACAAUAAUGAGCCACAAGUACCUGCACUUUACAUAUUUGGGGACUCAACAUUUGAUGUUGGUACCAACAAUUUCUUGAAAAAUUCAACAUCAAGGGCAGAUAUGAAAUUUUAUGGAAUUGAUUUUCCUAACUCAGAGCCAACUGGCAGGUUUAGCAACGGUUUAAACACUGCUGAUCGCCUUGCGAUAUUACUAGGGUUCCAGGAGAGUCCACUGCCGUAUCUGUAUCUUAAGAAUAACACACAAAUUUUCCAAAAAGAAAUCCUUAAAGGCGUCAAUUUUGCUUCAGGUGGAUCAGGGAUUCUCAAAAAAACAGGAGAAAUUCCCUAUAAAGAGGUUGUAUCCAUGCAUGAGCAAAUUAAACAAUUCAAAAGCGUUUACAGUAAAAUCUCAGAGUAUCUAAAUGAAAGCAGUGGUGCAGAGAAAAGAAUUAACAAAUCUAUGUUCCUUAUAAGUGUGGGAAGCAAUGACAUAUUUGAGUUCUUUAUUAAUGCUACUGAGACUGGAGCAAAUUUCACUGAGGUUGUGCCACAAUUCAUGUCCAAUCUCAUGGAUACUUACCACUCCCAUCUCCAGGAACUAAUAAGCCAUGGAGCUAGAAAAGUUGGCAUAGUGAGUGUUCCUCCAAUAGGUUGUGUCCCAAUAGUGCGUGGCACUUUUGGUGGAAACUGUUCGGAUGGAAUAAAUGCAAUUGCUCAAUUGUUCCAUUCAUCACUGCAUGCUAUGGUCUCAAAAUUAAGAAUAGAUUGCUCUGAUUUGAAGUACUCAAUUGCAAAUGCUUAUGACAUUACUAAUCUUACAAUGAUUGAUGAUCCUGCUCCUAUUGGGUUGAAUGAUGUGAAAACAGCAUGCUGUGGAAAUGAAACUCUGACAUUAACAAUACCACCAAGUCCAAUUGGAGUGGCAUGCAGCCCUCAAGCAAGUGUGUGUGAAAACCGAGAUGUGUUCUUGUUUUGGGAUCAGUAUCAUCCAACUGAAUAUGCUUCUUCCAUUGCUGCCCUUGCUUUCUUCACUGCUGGACCUGAAUUUGUUUCUCCCUUCAAUUUUAGCACACUUGCUCAAUUUUAA